CUUCUUUCUUGACUAAACCAACAAUACUUUUGAGAAUAUGGGUUCCAAGGCCUCCACAACCACCCUAGCUCUCUUUCUUGCCUUUAACCUUAUCUUUUUCACUCAGGUCAGUGCCACGCCCCUGCCUACUUGCACAGCUGUCCUGGACUUGAGUGUGUGCCUUUCUUUGUUGGGGAUCCCCAUCAUAGAUAUAGGUAGUCAAUGCUGCAGUUGCUUUAAUAACCUUGUUGACCUCGACGCAGCUGCUUGCCUUUGCGCCUACUUGAAAACUCGGAGCCUCCUCACCCUGGAUCUCACAGCUGCCGUUACAGCGAUUGUGAAUGGCUGUGGCAAGCACUAUCCAUCAGGGUACCAAUGUCUCUGAACAGAUUUGCUUGCUUACUGCUGUUGGAAUGUGCUUUUCUUUUGUUUCUCAAUCAUGAAUUUACUUCUAAAGAACUCCUCGCCCUAAACAGUGGUUAGGAGUUACUUUGUCGUGGUGAUCUCUCACAUUUCAUGUUUGUAAUUUCCAAUAAAGUUUUCAUGUGCGAGUGAGCAGUCAGCUCUAAGCUUGUAUCUUUCCCUGUGGUGAUCAAUGAAAAGUU